AUGCCAACGGCGAUCUGCGAGCAGGGCCGGCAGUUUGGAAACUUCAUCAGCAUGCUCUCGCCUGCCCAGAUCACGUACGUCCAGUACGCCGUGCAAGCGGUCGGCGUCGCCGUCGUCGCCAAGGUCGCGCUCACGUUCCUCGGCGGCUUCUACGCGAGCUUUCUCCGCGGUGGCAAGAAGCUCACCAAGUACGGCAAGUGGGCCAUCGUGACGGGUGCCACGGACGGCAUUGGCAAGGCCACGGCCAUCGAGCUCGCGCGCAAGGGCCUCAACGUUGCGCUCAUCAGCCGCACGCAGUCCAAGCUCGACGAGGUCGCCGCCGAGAUCCUCGCCAAGAACAACAGCGUGCAGGUCAAGACGCUCGCGCUCGACUGCAACACCCUCGACGAGGCCGCGUGCGCCAAGGUCCGGACGCUUCUCGCCGAGAUUGGCGACGUUGGCGUCCUCAUCAACAACGUGGGCAUGUCGUACGACUUUCCUCAGUACUACCACGAGCUUUCGGACGAGGCCGCGCGCAACCUCAUCACGAUGAACAUUACGUCGACGUUUGUUAUGACCAAGCUCGUGCUCCCCGGCAUGGUCGAACGCAAGCGUGGCGCGAUCGUCAACUGCAGCUCGGGCUCGGCGCGCAUCCCAUGCCCGCUCCUCGCCGAGUACUCGGCCGCCAAGAAGUGCAUUGAGCAGUACACGCUCGGCCUUGCCGGCGAGUACGCGUCCAAGACAUCCAUAUCCAAUCCGCCAUGCGUCCUUUAUGGUUCCGUCGCCGUCGACGCGGCGGUCGCCAACAUUGGCUACGAGACGCUCACGUCGCCCUACUGGCCGCACGCGCUCCAGCUGUACAUCUUCAGCCUCUUCCCCGACUUUAUCGUCUCCAAGCUCGCGCUUUCGAGCCACUUGGGCCUCCGCGCGCGUGCGCUCAAGAAGCAGCAGCAGAAGAAGGACUAA